GGAUGGAGUACGAUGACCCGAUUUUAUUAAGCUCUUGGAAAUGAACUACGAAAGCUUCAGGCUGGCCAGUUCACCGUUCAUUCAGCUGUACAACAUGUACCCAGUGAUCCACCCGCUGCCAGGGCCUCACCACAGAGUGCUGGCAUACCAGGACAACCUGAAGGCCUUCUUCAGGAAGAUUUUCAUCCAGCACAGACAGAUCCUGGAUGAGAACGACUACUGUAGCUACAUCGACGCAUUCCUCAACAAGCAGCAGAAGGAAAAGAAUAAUCCCUCUUCCCACUUCCAUGAGUUGAACCUCCUGUGUUCCGUCACCAACAUGUUUGUGGCUGGGACGGAAACCACCUCCAGCACCCUGGCCUGGGCCUUGGUCAUCAUGAUGAAGUAUCCUGAAAUACAGAGUAAGGUCAAUGAGGAGAUAGACAAGGUGAUUAGUGGUUCCACGCCAAGGAUCCAGCACAGGCAGAUGAUGCCCUUCACCGACGCAGUGAUCCACGAGACCCAGAGGUUCACUGACAUCCUGCCCAUGGGCCUGCCCCACGAGACCACAGCCGACGUCAGCCUCAAAGGCUUCUUCAUACCUAAGGGGACCUACAUUAUCCCACUGCUGAGGUCAGUGCACCGUGAUAAGGCUCACUGGGAGAAGCCGGAUGAUUUCUACCCUCACCACUUUCUCAAUGUCGACGACAAGUUUGUCAAGAGGGAGGCUUUCAUGCCCUUCUCCGCAGGUCGUAGAGUGUGUGUCGGCGAGACUCUGGCCCGCAUGGAGACCUCCCUCAUGCAGAAUUUUUCCUUCCUCCCCCCCAUCGGGAUGACUGCUGACGACGUGGACAUCUCCACCUGUGGGGGCCUGGGCCUCGCCGCCCCACCCAUCAAAGUAUGGCCCCUGCCUCGUUUCCAUGACCCCUAGGGAAUUACCCCAACACCCUUGUAUUUCAGAUUUUCCUGUGUUAAGGGCAGUUAUCACUUUGAGAUGUCAGUAAUCAGUAGGAUACCUCAUCUGCCUUGAAUCUAAAACACUCAGGACUAACCAUUAAAAACACAACUGUACAAAACUAGUUUUGUAACUGUACUGACAAUUAUUGUACAGUCAAGUGUAACGGAUGUGAAACGGCUAGCUUAGUUAGCGGUGUGCGCCAAAUAGCGUUUCAAUCGGUUACGUCACUUGCUCUGAGACCUUGAAGUAGUAGUUCCCCUUGCUCUGCAAGGGC